AUGUCUGAAAUUACCAGCGACGCCCUGCUCAAAAUGACCUCAAUAUGUGUUAUGGUAGAAACUGGAUUUCUGAUUUUGUUCUUAAGAGCCUCGGAAGUAAUGUCAGCUGAUUUGGCAUUAAGACAACCAGCAUACAUGUCUGGUGACGAUGGUUCAGUAGCUGCACUGGCUGUUGAAGGAACCACAGGCAGGUGUGCAGUGACCAGUCUCCUAACGGAUCCCUGGUGGCGAGUUGAUUUGGGGAAGAGUUACAGCGUGGACGUAGUAAACAUUAUUAGCGGUGCAAAUGGAUUGGCAGAUUUUGAAAUAAGAAUCGGAAACAGUCUCGAUAACGAAGGAAAUUCCAACCAAAAGUGUGGAGGACCAUACACUAUGACAUCUUCACAGGAAAAGUCAUUCGAUUGCACCCCUGGUGUCAGGGGUCGAUAUGUGAACAUCCGUAUAGCGGGAAAGAAUAAGAAGCUGGAUAUCUGUGCGGUGUCAGUGAAUCCUAAUCCAGCAGUAAACAUUGCCGCAGGUCGAUCAGCAACACAGUCCACUACGGCAUAUGAUGGUUUUCCUGCGCACGCACUGGAUGGAAAUCUUGACAGCCAUUAUAAUGGGUUAAGUUGUACACAUACAGCUGGACAAAAUUAUCCCUGGUGGCGAGUGGAUCUGGGUUCAAGUCAGCACGUGUCAGAGGUGUUCAUAGUCAACAGGGGAGGAUGUUGCAUGGAUAGGCUGCGCAACAUAGCAAUUUAUGUGGGAGACAGUUUGGAGAAUAAUGGGAACUCAAAUCCAAGGUGUGGUGGAUUGUACUCAAUGGCCACUGUACACAAAGCUUCGUUUUAUUGCAAACCGAGAAAAACAGGGCGAUACGUAAAUAUCAGACUUGAGGGAACUGGAAUGAUUCUGACAUUGUGCGAAGUGGAGGUUUAUUCUGAAAGCAGAGCCAUUCUGAAGAACAAACCAGUGGAGCAGACAGUACAGGACGCUUAUGAUAAAAGUUCCCUAACUUUGGUCUGUCCAGAGCCUUUCGGCUACCCUGAACCGUUUGUAGCUUGGGUCAAAGAUGGCGUCGUCCUUCAAAACAGCACCUCCGACCUGAGACUGAAUCUGUCAAUCAUUGCAUCAUGGAAUAACAACACGUGGAAAAUUGAUUGUGUGGCCAGUAACAAACAUGGCACUGAUUUUCACAGAUUUGUGUUAAAUUUGCAAAGUAAAUAUUCGAUGUGCACUGAGUACAAAGAAUUAAUGGAUGGGACAAGAUCAGCUUUUCAUGCAAUACAGAACCAAGUGUCGGCACAAAAUGACAAUAGCAUUAAUGAACGAACAUGGUACCGCUUUGUUGAUCAGACCACAGGAAGUCCAAUGCAGCUACCAGACUCUUGUACGGAACCUUGGGCUUGUGGAACCCAGGCCUCAGGCUGGCUUCGCGGGAGCCACCCAUCUAUGGAGGAUGGUGUUGUCCAACGAACUGUUUGUUUUAGUUGGAGUAGCACCUGCUGCUUUGCAGAAGUGAAGGUGCAAGUCAGGAAUUGUUAUGGAUAUCAUGUCUACAAGCUGCAGCCGACAUCUUUCGUAGUCAAAGCGAGAUAUUGUAUAGAAAACUCGGCCAUCCAUUAUGAGGACGCUUUCUUCUAUCUCCCCGUGUCGAAAGCUGGUGUUCCGUUGGCACUGACAGGUCACAUGAUUCAUUUGGAAUAUCACGUGACAUCACCAUGGAAAUGUAUGGCCUACUGCCUCGUAGAGAUGACGUGUGAGUCAUUCACCUACCUUUCCCAGGAUAACACAUGUGAGCUUAACAACAGGACUGGAACCAGUAGCAAGCAAGGCUUGAGAGAAAGACCUGGUACUGAGUAUUACGAGAGGAUGAACUUACUUCAAUGA